AUGGCGGGCACCAUCUUCACCUGCGAGCUUCUGGGAGACCCCGCCUUCCUUGUGGACUCGUACGUCCAGACCGCGCACGGGGACCAGGUGAGCGUGGCGCAGAUGCUCUACUGGAUCGUCAUAUCGCUCACCACCGUGGGCUACGGCGACUUCGCUCCCAAGGCGCUGAUUUCCAGGAUGCUGACUGCAGUUUUCAUCAUCUACGGCAUUUGCAACGUCUUCUUGAUCCAGUACAGCUUCACCCAGCUGUGGUCCCGCUACCGCGAGGGGUCCGGGAGCUACAGGCCGUGGCGCCACAGGGCGCCGCACAUCGUGGUGAUCCUCGGCAUCCGGGGAAGCGCCUCGAAGCUCUCCUCGGUGCUGGCCGGCUUCCUGCUGGAGCUCCUCCACCCUGCGCACAACGGCCUGAUGGCCGGCGAGGGCGAGGGCGACUGGCCGAACGUGGUCCUCGUCUCCCCGUCGUUGUGGGAGGAAGAGCGGGGCGGGGUUUGCGAGGACAGCCAGACGGCCUCUUUCGAGGACUUCCUGCUGGCGCAGGACCUGCCUACGGAGGCGCGCGGCAGAGUGUGGUUCCUCGUCGGCAGCUCCACCGACCCCGAGACCCUCCGCCGCGCCAACGUCGGCUCAAGUGUUCUCACGUUCAUCCUGACCGACAUGAAGAGCCUCACGCCGGAUGAAGACGACGGGCAGAACAUCUACACGGCCAUGCUCGUGCGGAAGCUGUACCCCCUGGCGCAGCUGCGCCUCAUGCUGGUCCGGCCCGAGUCCAGGAACCUGGCGGUGCAGUCCGGCGUGGAGGCCACAAGCUGCUUCAGCGCGCGGGAGCUCACAGCCCACAUCUUGGCGCAGAACGUGCGCUGCCACGGGCUGCUGCCGAUGAUAACUGGGCUCUUCAAGUCCUGGGACCUCGAGGAUGUGGAGCACUUUCUCGACCACGUUCUCCAGAGGGGCGACGGCCUGCCGAUCGAGCGGAAAUCGCUGAGCCGAACGUCGUUGCCGUCGAUGGGCUCGGAAAGGAGCGUUACCAGGAGCCUCGUCGGCUCCUCCGCGUCCGACGCGUCCAGCCACUGCGACAACAGCGCCCCCGUGGGCCAGUUCCGGGCCAGGGGGAGGGUCGACAGGGCGGAGUCAGUGCUGCUGGCGGUCAGGGCGAGCAUGCCCAGCAGGCUGCACGCGCCGCCCGGGGAGAGGAGCUCGCUGCUGGGCUUCGCGUCCGAGAGGCUGUCGAGGCUGGCAGGUUCGACGAGGUUGUCGUCACAGCCUCGAACGUCGGCGAGCAUCGACGAGUCGAUCACCGAGAGUCACAGGGCCAGCAUAGCGAGCGACAACUCGGUGACUGACUUCUGGAUGUUCCAGUACUUCCACGGCCUCUCGCAGGGCGUGUACGGGUUUGCCCUCUCCGAAGAGUUCGACGGUGAGUGGUUCGGAAAAGUCGCUUACGACAUCUUCAAGCUGACAGGUGCCAUCCUGCUGGGCGUGUUCAGCUCCGACCGCGUGCAUAUCUGCCCGCAGAACCUCGACAGGCCCCUGCGCACAGGCCAGAUCUGCUUCGCGGUGGCCCGCUCUUCGAGCGCACUGGACCCAUGCAGGCUGCAGACCGCAGGGUCCGACUGGCGCAGGCACGUGAUGGAGUCCAGGGCACAGGUGCAGAUGAACCACGUCCGCCACGGCACCCACGUGGCUGCAGCGAAAUUGAUGGGUCACCAGCUCAGGCGGAGGAUGACGGUGAGCUACAGCGGGGCCGUCAGCCCCUCCUCCUAUUACAUGCAGCGGAAGCUGGAGGCCGCGGGGCAGAGCGAGGGCGCCCAGACGCCCGGAGGUGUGGCGUCCCAGGGCAGCGUGGUGUUGUCCGAGGAGCUGGGCCCGAGCGAGGCGGCCAAGGACAUCGACAGGGCACUGGAGAUCAGGCGCGGGCUCAGCGAGCACGACGAGCUCACCGUGGUGGUGGUCUGCAACGGCGAGGUCUGGCAGCAGGUGCGCACGUUCGUGCAGAGUCUCCGGGCGCCCUUCCAGCCCACAGCGAGGCAGACCGAGAGGCCCGUGAUCAUCUUGGCUCCCACCGCGCCGCCCGCCGGCCUGGUCGAGGAGCGGCCGGGGCGCACCUUCCUCGCGCUCCCCCCCCCUUCUCGCAAAGCGCUCGGAGGACCUGGUGGACGCCGGGGUGCUGGAGGCGAAGGCCGUCGUGGUCAUGAGCGGGGCAACCCCCAGCCGGGGAACGUUCCGCGAGCCGUUGUUCCGGGACUGCCGGGUGGUCCUCUGCUCGCAGGAGAUCGAGUGUUGGUGCGGGUUCUCCAAGCACGAGGUGUUCGCCGCCUACGAGCUGCAGGACAGCCGCUCGGCCAGGCACCUGCCCGAGCCCGCGCGGGGCCGCCGCGCCUGCCUGCAGGAGGUGCUGACUCAGGCAGAGCACGUUUACGACGACGUCGAGACCGAGGCAAACGGCAGAACACGACGCACGAUGUCGAACGGCACGUCCGUGACCGCCGCCAGGAGCGCGGCCGAGGAGGAGGAGGGCGACGCGGCGGGGGACGAGGUGGCCGACGAGGCCGUCAAGGACUCCAUCCUCUUCAACUCCCGCUUCGCCGCCGGGCAGGUGUUCUCCCCCGAGCUCUUCGGGACGAUGCUCGGGCGAAUGUACUACAUGCCCGCCAUCAUAGAGCUCGUGGAGGCGCCAUGGCCCGUCGGAAGCAGAAGGCGUUCAUGUGGCAGAUGCGGGUGCCGCCGCACUACAUUGGCAAGGAGUUUGGGGAACUCUUCCGGGACCUCUCCCUCGGCGAGCUCGGCGCGCGGGAGGCGCGGUCGUCCCGCUUGGGAGGCGGGCCGCGCCGAGGCUCCUCCGAGGUGAUCCAGGAGACCAGCGAGAGGGAGACCAACGAGAGCGAGGCCGACGACACCGGGAGGGCCAGCGGCCACGACUCGAGAGCCAGCGCGCAGGGCUGGAACGACGCGCCGGACGCCUUGGCGCCGCCGGGACGCUCCAGCGAACCAGCUGAGCGGUCCAGCGCCCACACGGACGAGUUCCAGGAGGCCCCGCUCAGCCCCACGAAGUCGGCGCUGACGAGGGGGCGCUCCAGCGCCAGGUUCGCACGGACGCUGACCUGGAGGUCUAGCACGUUCAGCCAGACGUCCGUGACGCAGGCGGGCCGCGGGCACCGCCGGAGCCGCCGCCGGGAUGCCUCGACGAGCGGGGGCCCGGCGAGAUGCCCAUCGGCGAAAUUCCAAUCAUGCGUCCGCGGAAGUCCUGCGUAUCCGUCUUUUCCGCCUUCGGGAGCCUCGCCUCAUACAACUCGAUGUUCGACUUGA